AUGUCCGUGCGCAUUCGCUUUAUUCUUACAGGCGCCUGUCCUCCGUCCUACUCUGGCAAGCAGGUUCAACUUAACUUCCCUCUUGAGGAUGAAAAUGGGGCACCCACAACAACAGCUCACCUAAAGCAAUUGAUUCGUACGCAGUGGCCAGAAAAUAUGUCAGAAAUGAAAGAAGUUGUUGAGAAAACUGAAAUGAGAGUCCUUAAAACUGGAAACCUCCUCUCAGAUGAUACCCAAAUUCGCUCUGUCCUGACGGCUACAGAAUUAAGCGAGUGUAGCAUUAACCCAAGUGCUGAAGGGAGCGGCCGAGCAGAUGAGGAUCAGAAAUCAGUUCUGAUGCAUCUAGUUUUUCAGAGCAAUCAAAGUCAAGGCAGACAAAGAGAUGGCAGCGCAGGUGGAGGAAGGCGUGAUAAUGCUUCCCAUGAUAGUGGUUGUUGCACCAUGCUGUAG